CUUGAAUAAAUUUGCAUAUACGUAGUUGAUAGAAACACUUGAUGAAGUUUCGAUAAUUUACUUAAUCCUAAUCCUAUCCCUUCGUGCAAAAAUUGUGUAACAAAAAAAGUACAAUAGAUUGCAGACCUGGAGAGAUGAUUGACAGCUGCUCCUCCUGAAACCCAGAAUGCCAGUGGUGCCAGUGGGCGGGGCAUCCUCCUCCCACCAUGUCGUACCUGUCGCACUGACCUGUUCCUGGCUGCUCCUGCUCUUCCAUGCCGCCUUUGGUCAGAAACCAGCUAAGCUGCCACUGAUUGGCCGGAAACCCUUCAUCGCCGCCUGGAACGCCCCACUGGACAUGUGCAUCAUCAAGUACAACAUCACCACUAACCUUGACCGCCUCUUUCACAUUCAUGGGAGCCCACGAGCUGACUGGACGGGCCAGAACGUCACCAUCUUCUACGCAAACCGGCUGGGCUAUUACCCCCACUACACGCCACAGGGCGUUGCUGUGCAUGGCGGCCUGCCGCAGAACUGCAGCUUGGACCAGCACCUGUUCAAGGCCUACCAGGAUAUUAACCACUUUAUCCCCGCAGAGGAUUUCCGUGGCCUGGCCGUCAUUGACUGGGAGUUCUGGCGGCCUCAGUGGAGUCGUAACUGGCACAAGAAAGACAUCUACCGCCGCAUGUCGAGGGAACUGACCGCCAAGGCGUAUGUCAAUGUAACGGUGGCACAGGUGGAGGAGUUGGCACGGCGGCGGUUUGAAAAGAGCGCCAAGGUGUUCAUGCAGAGGACUAUCCAGCUGGGGACACGCCUUCGCCCCAAUGCCCUCUGGGGUUUCUACCUGUACCCGGACUGCCACAACUACAACCUGCAUGAGCAGAACUACACAGGCUUCUGCCCACAGCAGGAGAGGUGGAGGAACGACGAUCUGGCGUGGCUGUGGAACAGCAGCACGGCGCUCUUCCCCUCUGUGGCGAUCAGGAAAAGUCACACCAACAGCAUCAGCAACCUGCACUUCUCCCAGCACAGGAUCCGAGAGUCGCUCCGCGUGGCCUCGUUGACCUCCAAAGAGUACGACCUCCCCACCUACGUGUACCUGAGGCUGGGCUACCGAGACGAGGCCCUGGCCUUCCUCACAGCAAAAGACUUGAUCCACACUAUCGGGGAGAGUGCUGCUCUGGGAGCUGCAGGAUUCGUCAUUUGGGGAGACCUAAACCUGACCUCGUCCAGGCAUAACUGCACCAAGGUUAAAUCUUUCCUCAAACACCGCCUUGGCAAGUACAUCACCAACGUGACGCGCGCAGCCGAGGUCUGUAGUGACUUCCUGUGCCAGGGGAAUGGCCGAUGCGUCCGCCGGGACCCCCUCGCCCGCCAUUACCUCCACCUGAGCGCAGAUAGCUACCGCAUCCAGCUCUCCGUUGAUGGGGACUUUGCAGUCAGUGGGUGGCACUCACAGCACGAGAUGCAGCUGCUGACUGAGAGGUUUCGCUGCCACUGCUACGAAGGCCAUGAGGGCGAGAGCUGCGACAGCAUCAACAAAGUGAGGGAGGAUGAUGGGCCAUGGAGGGAGGAGGAGGAUGAGCAGGAGAGGCGGAGGACAGAGUGGGAGGAUGAGCAGGAUGAACCGUGGGAGGGAGGGGAGAGUGAGGCGCCACUGACCUGCUACAGCCUUCACCUGAUGUUGUUGACGCUCCUGUUGAACAUAUCGUUAGUAAAGACAGUCGUAUGACACACAGACAGUAUGUUGUUUUUUAAUUUAAAAUGAAGACUGGUCUUUAGCUGGAUUUAAACCCAGGACUGUUUCACCCUCUUCAAAUGACCUUUUUUUGUUUAAUAUCAGCGAAUCUAGUGAUAGUUUUUUACUAAACAAUUAUCAUUUCAGCCUGGUUCCAGACCACUGAAUCACUUCCCACAUCUUAGAUUUGUUCAGUGGUUCAAAUAAGUCUGGUGCUGUGCUCAUGAACGGCUGUUUCUCUUGCCCUUUGAGAUUUAAAAUCUGAAAAUGACAUAUUUCUUUGAUAUACAUGACAGCCAACAUGAACGCAAUGUCAACAAAAAUAAUAAAGGGAAAAAUACAAUUUUAAUUUAGUCUGAAUAUCAGGCAAUACAAUAAGUUAGUCUUUAAAAUGUCAUAAGUCAUUCUUUAAACUACAAUUUUUUACUCUGGUACUGGUAAUGUAAUCCAUUACUAAUCCAUUACUAGUGGCCAUUAGAGGAACUUCAGCUGAUCAACACUGAUCUCACACAUUAACUGAGGUCUCAGCUGAGAUCACUGCUCAGUGGAACAGAAACUGUUCAAUGUGAAAAGAAGAAACAGCUUUUUUUUCUCUGAGAGCUGCUGUGUUGAAAAGUAAUAUGUGCAACAACAACAAAACAAAAACGUGACAAUUCCUUUAUAAAGGAGUGUGAUGGCACUUUACAUGACACAGAGGUUUGGCAUGUUGACAGAUGAGGCUUUGGUUAAUUGUACAAACAGGUGAAAUGUAUUUGACUUCUGCUAAAAUCUGCACUGCCUCUUUUUCCAACAACUCCAUCUGUUCUUUCAGGAAUGUUAAUUAGUAACUGUAAAUACUGUUUGUUAAACUGUGGACUGAGUCACAUUCAGUAAAGAGAAGGUUUCACGUGAUGAUCAUCCUGCGUCACUGCAGAGCUGAGGAGCAGAUCACAGGGAUCACAUUCUUCCUAUUUUUAAAAGCUUCAUGGUUCAAUAGAAUCACAGUAAACUCUGGCUUGCUGCAGGACGAUCCUCCAGCAAAGCUUUUCAAUGCAAACUAAAAGGUGCUUAUAUUAUCUAUCACACAGCCAUAUUUAGGAAAAUAAUCACAAGUGGUCUGUAGUGUUUUUGAAGAUUUAAGAAUUGGGGUUGCUUUAUUUCUAAGGUUAUGAAGUUCAUUUUUUUUCUCAACAAUAAGCUGUUAUUUUACUUGACAUUAUACAUGAAGUGUGUAUUUUUUGUACUGUUGCUUACAUUAUACUCUUGAAGUAAAGCUUGUCAGAAAACACCUCAUAGUUGAGCCUGUUGGAACGUGGCGUGCACAUGUUGUAGGUGCUUUUGAUUUCAUAAUAUUGUGUAUCUGUAUCUCUUCUAAAUAGUUAUAAAUAUAGGGGAUCGGGUUUGUUUUUCAAUGACUGUAUAGGCUGACGUUACUACAUCUCAGUUUGGAGGACAACAAACUAUAUUUAGUUUUGAUGAUAUCUCAUUUUGUUGUGGCUGAGUGGACUCAUUAGUUAUGUCUUUGAAGCUGAUGUACAGUGCUGUAGGCAUGACGAAACACUGAACAGGAUGUAAAAGAUGGCACAUAUUUUAUCUGAAUACAUGACUCAGUGGCUCUCUCCCUUUCUGUUCAAACCAAAGUGGAAACAUAGAGCAGUAAAUAAAGUGGUAUAGACCUGGGCCCGUAUUUAUCAAGCUCCAUCAAUUCUCAGCACUUAAGACUAAAAAGGCACUUUGAGAAGCUUGAUGAAUACCGCCUGGUCUAAUCGAAUGAAGGUUGAGUCUCUGUAACUUUCUGGUCUUUUAAGUGAAACAUGUAGCUUCAGUCAUCUAACAUCCUGGUUCCUGGUUUAAGGUGAAUCACCCAUUUAAGUACUUUCAUCUCAAAAAAGCCUUUAGGUGAAGUUCAGGUUUCAUGAUGCAGUAACUGUUUCCUGCACUUACUGUGUUUUUUAAAUUAAGAUUGUAAACCAAAAAUGCAACAAGGACUAUGCAAUGCGAAAAAUGUUAGCUGAAUGUAAAUGCACUGCAAAUAAAGAGUUUUCCUCAGUCUUUUCUCUUUGCUGUUU